AUGUUUUAUAAAACAUAAUAUCUUAUGUGUACAUAAUAUUUAUAUUUAUAUUAUUACAGUUAGUGUAAUUAUAGAAAUAAUCGUUUUAAAAUGGAAUUUAUUGUAGCAAGUGUAGAUAAUAUGAAAUUCGAUAUUGAAAUUGCCCUUGAUGAACAAUAUGGAGCAUUAUCCUUACCGUUUACAGGAAUGGAUAAAUCAAUAGCAGCGGUAUGUCAAUUUUAUCCAAGAGGCACGUGUUUAAAAGGUGCCUCCUGUCCCUACAGACAUGUAAGGGGUGAUCGUACUAUAGUAUGUAAGCAUUGGUUAAGAGGUUUAUGUAAAAAGGGUGAUCAGUGUGAAUUUUUACAUGAAUAUGAUAUGACCAAAAUGCCAGAAUGUUAUUUCUACUCCAGAUUUAAUGCAUGUCACAAUAAGGAGUGUCCAUUUCUACACAUCGAUCCAGAAACUAAAGUUCGUGAUUGUCCAUGGUACGACCGUGGAUUUUGCAGACAUGGUCCACUGUGCAGACAUCGACAUGUGAGACGCGUUCUUUGUAUGGCCUAUCUUGCAGGAUGUUGUCCCGAAGGUCCAAAUUGUAAAUUUAUGCACCCAAGAUUUGAAUUACCAGCAGUGCAAGAUAUGCAACCGAAAGAAGGAAAAAAAGUCAUGAUAACUUGUCACUUUUGCGGUGAGGGUGGUCACAAAGCAAUUUAUUGUAAUAAAAUGCCACCCGAUGUAAGAGAAGCACAAGUGAGACAAGAGAUGGAAGGUAAUUCACACAAUCCGCAUCAUCACAUUAAUAUGCACAAUGGUCCACCCCAAAGAGGUCCUCAAAAACCAUUGGAAGAAGUUACUUGUUAUAAGUGUGGUCAAAAGGGUCAUUAUGCAAAUAAAUGCCCUAAAGGACAUUUGGCAUUCUUGAGUCACGCUAGUGGGACUAAUAACACAAGUGGUAAUCAAAAUCAAAAUUAUCGCAGAUAAUUGUAUAUAUUUUAUUUAUGUUAAUAAUUAUUAUUAUUAUCGAUUUCUUUUUCCCAGAUUAAGAUUACUUAUCACCCCCCUGUCGAAAUUUAAGCAUCCUGCAUUAUUGUAAAAUAGAUGUAAUGCCAUUAUUAUUAUGUCUCGUAAUCUUUAAUCAUUUUAUUUCUUACACAUACCGAAGAAUAAAACUGAAGAUGAUAUUGUACAUUGUAUGUUAAUAAUAAAAGCAAUUUUGUGCAUAAAAUUA